CAGUAAUCCCCAUAUUGGGAAUGGGCGGGGUUGGUAAGACAACCCUUGCUCAGGUCCUUUACAGCGAUGAAAAAAUAAAAGAGCAUUUUGAUGUUACUGCUUGGGCAUGUGUUUCUGAAGAUUUUGAUGCUAUGAGGGUAACUAAAACCCUUAUUGAAUCAAUUAGCUCAAAACCUUGCAGUCUUCCAGAUAGCUUGCUUCAAGUUGAACUAAGGGAACAAGUGAGGGGGAAAAAGUUCCUAUUUGUGUUGGACGACCUUUGGAAUGACAACUAUAAUGAAUGGGUUCUUGUACAAACUCCUUUUACUUAUGGGGCAAGGGGAAGUAAGGUCAUUGUAACAACGAGAAAUGAAAGUGUUGCAUCCCUAGUGCGCACCGUGCCUAUUCACUACUUGAAACAUUUGUUGGAUGAAGAUUGUUGGUUGUUACUCGCAAAACAUGCAUUUAGAAAUGAAAAUCCUAGUGCACAUCCGGACUUGGAAGAAAUUGGUAAGGAAAUUGCACGCAAGUGCAAUGGUCUUCCUUUAGCUGCAAAAGCACUUGGGGGUCUCUUAGGUUGUAGUGUGGACUACAAGGAAUGGAGUCACAUAUUGAACAACAAUCUUUGGGAGAUAUUGCAUGAUAAAGGUGUUCUUCCAUCAUUAAGAUUGAGUUACCAUUAUCUCCCUACUUAUUUGAAACAAUGCUUUGCUUAUUUCUCAAUUUUCCCAAAGGACUAUGAAUUUGAAAAAGAAAAUAUAAUUCAACUUUGGAUGGCAUUGGGUUUAGUUCCACAAGCUGAGAGUGGUAAAGGAUUGGAAGAGGUCGGCAAGGGAUACGUUGAUGAACUAUUGUCACGAUCACUACUUCAAAGAUCAUUAAUUGGGAAAUCAAGUUUCACAAUGCAUGAUCUCGUUAACGAUUUGGCUAUUUCUGUGUCUGGAGAAUUUUGUUUUAGGUUGGAUGAGGGACAACCACGUGAAGUUCCAAAACGAGUUCGGCAUUUGUCAUACAUGAGAGGAGAAUUUGAUAGUGCUGCAAAGUUUAAGUCAUUGGACGAAAUCAAGUGUUUGCGCACCUUAUUUCCCAUGUCUUUAAGACCACACAAGAAGGGGGAUGUGAACUAUGUAAGCAUAAAGGUUCUAGAGGACUUGUUACCAGCACUAAAAUGUUCACGGGUGUUGUCAUUGUCAAGAUAUAAAAAUAUCACUCAAAUACCUGAUUGCAUUGGUAAACACUUGCACUUACGCUACAUUGAUUUCUCUUACACUGCAAUUAAAAAGUUACCAGAUACGGUGUGUACUCUCUACCAUUUGCAAACUCUAUUGUUGUUUGGUUGUUCCUCCCUUGUUGAAUUGCCUGCAGACAUGAGAAAAUUGAUAAAUUUGCAUCAUCUUGAUAUUGGUGGAACUUGUGUAAAAGAGAUGCCGGUGCAAAUGGGUAGACUAAAAAGUUUGAGAACAUUGACUGCUUUUGUGUUGGGGAAAUCUACUGGGUCAGGUGGCAUUGGAGAACUGGGGCAAUUGUCGCACCUUCGAGGAAAAUUGUCUAUCUUGAAUCUGCAAAAUGUUGUCAAUCCUGUGGAUGCCUUGGGGGCCAAUUUGAAGGAUAAGAAACAUCUCAGCGAAGUAGAGUUGGCAUGGGAUCGUGAGGAUGCAUAUGAUUCCAUCAAAGAGAGACAUGUACUGGAAAGCCUACAACCUUCCGUAAAUCUGGCGAAGCUGACCAUCAGAUUUUAUGGUGGAACUAGCUUUCCAGAUUGGUUGGGAGACUCCUCAUUCUCCAACAUACAAGUCAUGCGUCUCACUGAUUGUAGUACUUGUUUGUGGUUGCCACCAGUUGGGCGGUUACCCUCUCUCAAAGAGCUCUAUAUAGAAAGGAUGAAAUCUGUCAUGACUAUUGGUGUUGAGUUCUUCAGGGGUAAUGGAGCUUCUUUAAUUCAGCCGUUUCAAUCUCUCAAGAAGCUAAAGUUGAAAGAGAUGCCAGAGUGGGAGGAAUGGCUACCUUGUCCAGGUAGAGGUCAAUCUCUAGACUUUCCUCGUCUUGAGGAACUGACUUUAAAGAAUUGUCCGAAGCUGAGGGGAAACUUGCCCGAUCAUCUUCCUUGCUUGAGAAAACUUUCCGUGUGCGACUGCGGGGUUCUACAUGAAAGGGCUACCAGAACGAGAUGGAUACCGUGGUCUCUCAUCGUUAACACGGAGUCCUUGCGACAAUCUCUUGAAGAAGUGAAGAUAGUUAGAUGUCCUGGUCUAUCGUCGUUACUGGAGACGGAGUCGCUUUCAUCGCUUUCCAAACUUGAGAUUCAAUUUUUUAAUCGCAGAGAAUGCUUGUGGCCGCACUUCAGCAAUUGUCUUCAAAGAUUGAUUCUCGUUAACUGCGCAUCACUCUUGUCGUUCUCUGGAAAUGGUCUACCCACUUCUAUGACACUUCUUCAUAUAGAAAAUUGCAGGAGAUUAGAAUUCCUAUCUCAUGAGAUGAUGGCCAAAUUGACAUCCCUUCAACGUUUCAAUUUAUUUAAUAGCUGUGAUUCACUGAGGUCCUUCCCGCUGGGCGUUUUCCCCAAACUUUCAUUUCUUUGUAUCAAGGGCAAUAAAAAUCUAGAAUCCCUUUCCAUUGGAGGAGCUGAAGAUGAAAAUCUCACUCAUCUCGACGGACUCGUUAUCCUAGCGUGUCCAAAUCUGGUCUCUUUUCCCCACGGGGGAUUGCCCACUCCCAACCUAGCUGCCCUUGAAGUCAGGGGAUGCGAGAAGUUGAAGUUAUUUCCCGACCGAAUACACACCCUCACAGCCCUUCGAUAUUUGGGUAUAGGCGAUCUUCCAAAUGUUGAGUCAUUUGCACAAGGGGGUUUGCCUCCAAACCUAGAAUUAUUUGUAAUCUGGGAUUGUGAGAAACUGAAGCCUUCAGUGGAGUACUGGGGUUUGCAACGAAUUGUCUCCCUUCGAACAUUUCAUAUCUUGAGAGGCGAGGAUGUGUUGGAGAGGUUGCUCAAGGAACAGCUGCUCCCUACCACUCUUCACAGACUCGUAAUCUCUAACAUGAAAAGUCUGAAAUCUUUGGAGGGAAAGGGACUUCAACACCUCACUUGUCUUCAAGAGCUCAAAAUUCACGACUGUGAUAGUCUCGAAUUCCUGACAAAAGAGGGUCUUCCGGCAUCGCUCUCUUUCCUGAGCAUCGAAAAGUGUUCUUCUCUGGAGAAGAGGUGUCAGGAGAAGACGGGAGAAGAGUGGAUGAAGAUAGCACACAUUCCUUGCAUCAAGAUAGACGACCAAGUCAUCUUUUGAAUUCUCAAGUCAAACUCAGGACAAUAUCAUCUAACUAAGGGCAACAUGUGUUUGCUUACAUAAAUUACUAGUCGUCGAAUGGUGCUAUGGGUGAUCCACGUGAAGGGCAAAGUUAUGUCACUGCCAUGUUGGUCGGCUUUGCUGAUGCAGGCAGCAAACUGUGGAACUGAAAAGAUUGGAUCUUCUAAGGCCAAUGAUUUAAAUGUCCAUCAAUUAGUUAUUCAUGAAUGGUUCUCCUGCAGUGCGGCAUGAAUAUGAUUCUCCUUCAGUUGGAUAGAUAUGCCCUCGAGUUUUGAAAGGAAACCGUGUUGGUUCACCAAGAAAACACUUGUAUGCAUCUCCACAAUCUGCUGAGCUGGAAACUAAGAAAAAGAUGAUGGAAAUUUGUAAUGGCAGCAGAGAUGGUGGUGCUGCUAUUAGCAAUAAGGAUGUCAAUGCCAAGGCAGUCAGAAAGCAUCAUAAAGUCAAGGAAUGGCCCGGGAAUAUUGAGACUCAAGAGGUUGAUUUUGGCAGCAGAGAUGGAGAGCAAGCAAGCACCAACUGCUCAUGGUUCCAAGAUUUGGAGAACCUGAUCUCCGCAUCCAGGGUCUCUAAGGUUGACCCCGUUAUGAAGGAGCUGCCGCAAAGUGUUGCCUGUAGAGUGUUUUACUGGAGGCGGGGAUGGAUAUGUUGCCUUAAGCUUCUCCCAAAAGCUUAGGUUUUUGAAUUUCCUUUGUGAUGAGGUUCUUAACACUAAAUCUUUCAUCCAGGAUGCCGAUGGAUUGAGGAGCAAAAUAAAAGAUCUGUCCAAAGACUCCAACGUGAGAGGUUUGCUCUACUAAAGAAUAAGGAUAGAGAUCCCCAAGCUAAGAGAACCAUUGCAGGUAGUGGUGAUGCUGUCCUGAUUUCAGAGUCGGACUCCAUUGUUUCAGUACUCAGAACUCAGAAGUGAGGCUGCUGAUGCUCCCACGGAGGUGGUCGAUGCUAUGGCAAUGUCCGCAAACUCUCCUUAAAGAAAAAGAACCCGCACUUUUAAUUUUAUCUGAAAUUUUGCCUAUUGUCACAGCCUAUGAGCAUCUUAUUCUUUGGAAGUGAUCCAAGGGAACUGAGAGAUUACAGCAUUUUACUCUACCAUGGGGAUGUUAUGAGCCGAAGAAACAAGGGGAGAUGGAUGUCAAAAUUAAGGAUGGUUCGCCGCAAAAAUGUAUGGCUUCAAAUAAGGUUUUGGUGACAUUUAAGCGGGUUUGUGCCCUCGAGUUUUGAUAGGAAAACGGUGUUGGUUCACCAAGAAAACGAGGGAAGGAGAAGUCUCUUGGUGGAAGCAAAGAUAUGAACUUGGUGCAUCUCCGAAAUCUGAAGACAUUGUUGUUGAUAUUGUUCAAAGCUUCUUCCCCAAUACUGCUAGUUGCAUCUCUGCUCAGUGGAUCAUUACGCCUGCACUGCUGCUACUUUUCACCUUAUUCUGCACUGGUGCUACUUUCCCAUCUAAUACAAACACUCGGGAAGCAUUUGUUAUAUAAAUGUGUUGAAAAAUCAUGUAAUCUGUUAUGGACGGUUCAUUUCAUGGUCCGAAAGCAUUCAUUCAUGUCAAGAACACAGCAGUUUGACAAUUGAAAAUCGGUAAUACAUCUUUAGAUGAAUACUGCAGAUGAACUGUUAUGAAUACAUUGUUCUUUUCAUCAUCAUUAUUUAUUUAUGAAAAAUUGAAGGGUUC